AGAGAGAAAGAUGUCUGAGAAAAGGCCAGAUUUUGGACUAGAAGAAGAAUUGAAGAGAAGGUUGAAGCUGGAUGGAUCUGCAACUACAUCAGCUGCUAAUCGAGAAACCUUGAAGCCUUCAAUGGGAAAAGGAAAUCAAGGUAAAGAAAUGAAGAGAAAAGUGAAGUUUGAUGUACCAGCAAGUGGAUCAGCUUCUAAUCAAGAAAUCUUGAAGCCUCCAACCCAGAAAAGAAACCAAGAUAAAGAAAUGAAGAGAAAGGUGAAGUUGGAUGCACCUGCAAGUACAGGAUCAGUUGCUAAUCGAGAAAUCUUGGAGCCUCCAAUGGAAAAAAGAAACCAAGAUAAAGAAAUGAAGAGAAAGGUGAGGUUUCAUGUACGUGAGAGUACUGGAUCAGUUGCUAAUCAAGAAACCUUGAAGCCUCCAAUGGAAAAAAGAAACCAAGACAAAAAAAUGAAGAGAAAGGUGAAGUUUGAUGUACCUGCAAGUACUGGAUCAAUUGCUAAUCAAAAAACCUUGAAGCCUCUAACCGAAAAGAGAAACCAAGGGCAGUUGAUGAAGACGGCUUGA